AUGAUGCAUUAUCAGCAGGCAGAGGCGUCGUGGGGUUACUAUGUGCCGGUGAGGAUGAGCAUGGGGGACCCACUGGAGCGGGUGGCGAGGCUGGCGGCGAAGAGCGCGGUGGUAAUAUUCAGUGUGAGCAGCUGCUGCAUGUGCCAUGCUGUCAAGAGGCUCUUCUGCGGGAUGGGGGUCAAUCCGACGGUGUAUGAGCUGGACCAGGACCCCAGAGGGAAGGAGAUCGAGAGGGCUCUCAUGAGGUUGCUCGGCAACUCGCCGGCUGUUCCGGUGGUUUUUAUUGGCGGCAAGCUCAUCGGCACCAUGGACAGAGUUAUGGCUUCCCAUAUCAAUGGCUCCCUGGUCCCCCUUCUCAAGGAGGCUGGGGCCCUCUGGCUCUGA